UUGGUUGAAUUCUACAGAAUCCAGUGGGGACCUGAAUACUGCGGACACAACCAGACCAGCCCUGUGGAGGAGACCAGUACAAAGGAGAGCUUUAUCAGCCUGCAGGGCUUACUCUUCUCCUGUAAGUACAAAGUCCUUCUGCAGCCAGUCAGCAAGACGAGUCAUCCUCUGGCAGAAAGCACCAGCUUUCAUACGCCUCCCUGCACCACCAUCCAGGCCAAGAGUCCAACACCUGUCAACUGUCCCAGAGAAACCGCUAUGAAUCUUCAGAAAGUCCUGGUGAAACCAACCAACCUGAUCGCAUCUUUUGAGGUCCUGGGGGGCAAUGUGACAGCUAUCUUUAGCUGGGAUAUAUCUAUGACUUCAUCCCACCAGCAGCUAACUGGUUACCAGGUUACCUGGGCAGAAGUCAUCUCAACUAACCGCAACUACAAUGUCAAGCUGCCUCGCACCCUGAUCUCCCAGUCCCAGAUCCUACCGCCGGAUGGUGAUGUUCUAGUGGUGUCAGGCCUACGCCCUGCUAGUUUGUACAGGCUGGAGGUACAGGCCAUCACAACGGAGGGUGAAGGUCCUACAGCCAGGAGAACCUUCCAGACCCCUGGAUACCAAAGCACCUUACUGCACA